CUUCACUCCCUGUCAGCUUGUCGUUUGUUUCUAUUCUGUCUUUGGUUGUUCACGCUCACGCUCAUGCUCCUGUUUCCUGUUUGGAGCUGCAGUGGACUGUCUGAUGCACAUAGAGGUUCUGCUUGUUAAUCUUUCAGUCAGAAUAAACGGGGAUCAUGUCCAAAGAGGUCCCGGUGUCACAGCAUCAUUCAAACCAACACAACGCAGAAGCACACCGGUCACAUGUGUAAGCAGCCAUUUCAAAAGAGAAGGUGCCGUAAUGCCUGCAUCUCAUUUGCAUCUACGCUACUUUAUGCAACAUCCAGCAGCAGUUUCUCUAGAGACUCCUGAGAAGCAAACCACUGUUGAGCCAGAAUUAAGACGGAUUCUGCAACUGCCUGGCAUAUUUCUCACCUAACAUGUCUUCAGAAAUGCAUUUCAAUGAGAUGUUCUAAAGAUAAGCAAAGGUUUCCAAAUGAGCCACCAAAUUGGUCUGUUUUGAAAUCCUGGAUUUGAUUUGUGUUGUGCUGCUCUGGAAUGGCAGUGUGCUUUGACAAGAUUCAGCUCAAGGAACCGAAACAAAUUGUUGUUGAACUAUGAGGCUGCUACACCACUUCUCUUUUUGUUUUUCUCAAGAUGGAUAUCAACUUCACAUGUUUCUAAUGAGCUGCUGACACUUCGUUUGAGCUGUGUCUUUAGCUGAUUGUGAUCAGAUGUUUCCUUAAGACAAACAUGUUUAUACAGUAAUUAAACCAUCUACAGUUUUAAUGUCUAAUUUUAUUCCAGUGUCAUGAAGAAGCUGACUUAAAAUGGAAAAAUAAUUAAUAGGAGGUGUACCAAAUUAAAAUAAAAGCAGUUUAUGGGUUUUUUUUGUUUUUUUUUUUACUUUUGCAGUUUUAUACAUGGAAUUAACAUUUAAUGAAUUGAACACAGUCUUUAAAAUUAACUUGUGGCCAUUUCUUUGCAUUUCAAAAUUAAGAAAUGAAUAAAAAAAAAAUCUUAGAUGUUUCUGUUUUACCAUGAUGUACUUAUUUUAUCAUCACCAGUUUGUAUAUAUGAAAUGUCAGAUUUAUGUUGAUCAAUUGCAUGUACUUUAGUGGGACUUGUUUAAGAAGCCCAUAAACUACAUUUUAUACAGAAUUAGUGUACGUGCAAAUGUAAGUGAACAACCAAACCACGUUUAUUCAAAUGUUUAAUUGGACUUUACAGUCUGGAAAUACAGCAGGGAUCACAGCCUGAUCUGAAUCUGUUCAUCUUGGUCCAUUUAUGUGUAUAAAGUAAAAAUAGUCUAUAAUGUCUCCACAGUCACAAUAAGAUUGAGACACAGCCAAGGCCGAGAGGACAGGCCGAAGAGAGUAGUGACAGCCCAUCAGUCUGGGAGGGCUAUAAGGCAGCAUCUGGGACAAAUGUGCAUGUAUCUACAAUCGGACAAAAACUGAAUAGCCAUGACAGUUGUGGGAGGAUUGCUAGAAGGAAGCCUCUGCUCUCAAAAAAAGAACAAAGCUGACCGUUUCAACUUUGCCAGAGAGCACUUGGAUAAACCAGAGCCUUUUGGAAGUCCAUUCUCUGGACAGAUGAGUCAUGUGAAGGUCUGGGGCUGCUUUUCUGCUUCUGGACCUGGAUGACUCCAUAUUAUCCAGGGAACCAUGAAUUCUCAGGCCUGUCAACAAAUUCUUGACCAGAAUCUCCUGCCAUCAGUCAAGGAGUUGAAGCUGGGGCGAAAAUGGAUUGUGAAACAAGACAAUGACCCAACGCAUUCCAGCAAAACUACAAAGGAAUAGCUUCAGAGAAAUGGGAUUCGUACUCUUCUCCAAUUGAAAUGUUGUGGCGAGACCUGAAGAAGUUGGUACAUGCCACAUGUUCCUCCAACCUCUCUCAACUGGCUGAGUUCUGCAAGGAGGAGUGGAGGAGCAAAAAUCCCCAUAAGCAGAUACGUUGAAUCCACCAUCAUCAUAUACAUGCGCUGACCGUUUAGGAGAGAGCUGGGUACCUUUUGAGCGAUGGAGGAGAUCUAUGCAAAUGUUGAUUACAACAAGCCUGUCGACCCAACACCUUCAACAAAUCAGACAGGUCCCAGGAGCUCAGAGAGGAGGCUUCAUGGAGCCGUGGUUCUCUGUCUGGGGCUGCUCAGUGUUGUCCUGCUGGUUGGACUCAUCAGCCUCGGUGUCUCCUACUGGGAUUUAGCUGCAGAAUACUCCACUGUCAAAGCCAACCUGACGGAGCGUCUCCAGGCCAGUAAUGACAAGCUGUCCUCUGUGUCUGAAGAGAGAGACCUGCUGAAUGCCAACCUCUCUUCAGUGUCCAAAGAGCUGGACAGACUUCAGAGUUUGUCCAAACAGAAGAGAACUUGUCCUGCAGGAUGGCAGAUGUUCAGUUGCACCUGCUAUCUCUUCUCCACUAAGACUGAUUCUUGGGAAAAUGGCAGACAAGACUGCAGAGACAGAGGAGCAGAGCUGGUGACCAUUGACACUGAUGAAGAACAGGAGUUCAUCUCUAAAACCAUCAAAGAAGCCACUUGGAUUGGUUUGAAUGACAGAGAAGAGGAGGGGACCUGGAAAUGGACAGAUGGAACUCCACUGACUGUGGGGUACUGGAGAUCAGAUCAGCCUGAUAAUGGUGGUGGAGAUCCACAGUGGGGUGAGGAGGACUGUGUACACAUCAAAUCUGGUGUGAAUGCCAAAGAAAGCUGGAAUGAUCUGCGGUGUGAUAAGUCUCUGAAGUGGAUCUGUGCCAAAAUGCCUUUGUAUUUACAUGAGUUUUGAAAAUACUUAGCUUGAGCAUUUAGCAUUUAUAUACCUUAUUCUAUCAUUAAGACAAGCUGUUAAUAGGAAGAUACUAAUAAUAACGUUGUUUGAUAUCAUAUCUGAAGGGUCUGCACAUCUUGUCAAAAUUCCUGUUGCACAAAAUAAAUGAUGCAUCCAUUUUCCACGACACAGCCAAGAACUUUCAGUGUAAGUACCCUAAUGUAUUUGUAAUUUCAAGGUGAUGAUACGGUACACAAGAUAUUUGAAUUGAAGGUUACUGUGUCGUUCUCUAUCAAAUGGAAAUCACAUGUAAGUUCCUGUAAGAGCUCAUGUUACACUUAUAAAUUCCACAAAAUAAUAAUUGGUUAACUCUGGUGACAAUACACAACAUAACAACCUAAUGCUUAUAGUGAAUUACCAAGCACAAGUACUUGCUGUAAUUCAUGGUAAUUUUUACCAAUGCAUUAUAUCAUUUUUUAAAAUAAUUUCUAAGUAAUUUUCCCACAUUACACCAUAAUUAGCAGGCUGUAAAUUAAGGACUUAGCAAAUCAACUACUUUAAACGGGCAAAAUGAACACAGAAAACCAUAAAUUAAUGGUCUAAAUUUCUUUUCUUUGGCAAGUGACCAUGACAUAAGCGGGAUAAUGCCCUUUGAAGUGUCCAUAAUCGAGUACUCCCCCAGACCAUGGUAUAAAAAGUGUUAAUGUGUUAAAAACACCUUAGGUUCCAGACAUCCUGUAAUACGGUUUAAAGUGUAACAUAGGUUACACUUCUUGAAAGCUAAAUUAGGAAGAAUAUUGCCAAACGUAGACCCAUUACAUUACAGAUGUAAACAGACGCCUCCUAUCAUGUGUUCUGGUCUUGUCCAAAACUUAUUCCUUUCUGGUCAUCCUUUUUUUAAGUCAUCUCUAACGCUUAUGCUUAUAAAGUCUCACCUUCUCCCUUGGUUGCUGUUUUUGGUUGGUUUUCAUUUACAGAGGGUCAUUGCCUUUCCCUCCUUAUUAGCUAGAUGCUUGAUUUUAUUUAAAUGGAAGGUGGAAUGGAACUUACGUGAUCAAUUUACCUGGUCUGGUACUGGAACUCCUGUCAUAAGGAAUGUUAGGUGCACUUGUAUUUUUUUUUUUUUUUUGUCUGUCCGUUGGCUGUGACAAGUUUGUCAGGUUGAUUUUGGGUUUGGUUUGUCUUUGUUUUUUUCUUGUUGGGAUUGUUUUCUAUGGUUAUCUGUAAGCCAGGGAAUAUGACUGUUUUAUAUGAUUAUUGGAAAAUCACAAAUAAAGUGUCAAGAAAAUCCUUAAUUUGAUGACAAUUAAAAUGCUGUUCAAACAAUAACAUUUGCUGAAUUCAGUGCCCAGUGUUGUCUUCUUAUUCAACUACUGUGUAUCACCAAAAGGUGUUUUAGGGGAAACCAUAAUGCUGUUUGUUUUUUCUCACACUUGUGUCUGCAAGAUGUUUUUUUUUAACUGGACAAAUGAGACGAGGUGUUGAAGUAUGAUCAGGGUACAGGCCAGGAAAGGCGGUGAGAUCUUUGAUUGAGGCCUGACACACAACCAAAGGAAGUGGUGAAAUGCCACACAGUGUCUGAUGAGGACUGAUAUGGUUGUACAGUUUUUCUCAGUUUGAGUUUUGAGUUUGUCACACAUAUCUUAAGUAGUGCAUUGAGUUAGUAUUGGUGAUUAAAAUAGGUGACACUGCUUCACUUAGAACUGUACAUGUUUUCAGUUGUUUGAAGGCUGAAGUACC